UUGCUCGCAUUAAACGCAUUCUCUUCUAACUUUUCUCUCUUACUUUGUGCAUAAGUACCUACUUUAAUGAAAUUUAUAAAGAAAAAAUCGGUUAAUAAUUUUCAUAUUUUCAUUAAAUAAAAGCGAAAUUUGUCAGAUCGUCAGAGUGCAGAUAGUUCCAGGAAUUUAGUUAGACAUUAAAGAGACAUAACCAUCCACAAUGCCAAAGAAACACAAGCGACGUGAUAAAAGUGAUUUGGGUCCCGACUUUGUGGCGCCCGAUGGCGGCUGGGGUUGGGUCGUCUGCAUAGCUGCUGGUCUAAGUAAUCUGGCCAUGUAUCCACCACUACAACAGUACGGCAUGAUUUAUCGACAGCGCAUGUUUAAUUUGGGAUUCUCUGCCAAAGAGACCACCACCAUCGCGAACAUCAUGUUGAGUUUAGCAUCCUUAGUUGGCAUUGUAAAUGGUGCCAUGUUUCGACGAUUUACAUUUCGGCAGGUUGCCAUUGCCGGCAGCAUUUUGAUAUUUAGUGGUAUUUUAUUAUCAGCUGCUUGUACUACAUUUUGGCAGUAUGUGCUUUGCGUAUCGGUCAUAUAUGGCAUCGGUCAGGGUCUCAACGUGGCCGCUUUAUCGUUGGCCGUGAAUACGUACUUCAAAAAUCGGCGACGUCGUGCAUUCGGCUUUAUGUGGACCAUUACCGGUUUAGGACCCAUUAUAUUUCCACACUUCACCACACUAAUACUAAUCUAUUAUGGAAGUCCGGGUACAAUUCUAAUUUAUGCUGGAAUUUCUCUAAAUGUGUUUCUCUGUGCUUUGACACUGCAACCAGUGUUAUGGCAUACUUCCAAAGCGCCCGUCGAACGUGAGUUGAAGUUACAAGAGCCUGUUUUAGCCGAUAGUUUGAAUACUACGAUACAAUCAGCCACAACGCGGCUUCAAGUCGAGUCGGAAUGCAAGAAAUCUACAACACAGCUGGAAAUAGAGCCUGAAUGCAAGUAUUGUCAAUAUAUGAAGCGUACCAGCCCCAGUGUGGUCGCAACACAAUUCGAUUUUGACGACCAUGACUUGGCUAAAUCGAGCCGUGAGCUUCGUGAAUGCGAAAAGCCAUUGAUAUCACGAGCCAGCGAUGAGCUUGAAGCAGUGAACUUGCCAUAUACUAAGCUUGAGAAACAGACAACUCAAAAAGCACCAAUUGCUGAGGCGGAAGAGGAUAAUGAUGAAGACAUUAAAGAUCAGGAAGCGAAAGAAAAUAGCAGUGAUGAAGUAAAUCAUGUCCUAAAAGAGAAUUUUCCAACAGAGUUCCGCUGCACCUGCGCUGAAGAGAGAGCAUUAUUAGGAGACCACAACAGCGGUGAACUGAAAAGUCCAUCAAUAAUAUUGGUAGCAAACCAAGAGAACAUUGAGCUUUUAGACCCGAAAUCAGACACUCACACGGACAAAUUGACUUUCAAACAGAAGUUGGUGAAAUUCUUUGACUUGGACCUGUUGAAAGAUUUCACUUUUGUCAAUUUAGCUAUGGGCAUGACAGUGAUGAUGUUUGCCGAGAUAAACUUUUCCAUUUUGGUACCCUUCAUUUUGGAUCAAUACAGUUAUAGUAAUGAACAAAUCUCUACCGCUAUGUCCAUGCAGGGUGGCAUGGAUAUCUGCGUACGCUUCCUGGCACCAAUUGUGCUGGAAAGGGCUAAAAAUUUGAGUAAUCAAUUAUUAUUUGCCUUUGGUAUUAUUGCCAUCUCCCUCGGACGCCUGUUGAUUACGUUAACCGACUCCUAUCGUUUUACAUUGGCACUCUUUGUGCUCAUAGGCUUUGGUAGAGGUUUUCGUACGAUAUUUUCCUCUCUUAUCAUACCCUCAUAUGUGCCUUUGAAGCGUUUGCCAGCGGCAUCUGGUCUACAGCUGGUAUGCAAUACUUUAUUCACACUUGCUGUUGGCCCAAUUUUAGGUGUCAUCACCGAUGCCAGCAGUUAUACAAUGACAAUUCAUUUCCUCAAUUUACUAACCUCGCUUGCUUUGCUCAUCUGGCUAUUGGAGUAUCUGCUGCGUCGCAUGUUAGGGAAAAAGGAGAAAUCUCAAACAGUAAGCUAGCAGUUUAAUCUUAAGGAGUAAAUUAUUUUGGUUGUAAAUAAAUGUAAAUAGUUUCUAAAAUUAAUAUUCAAUAAAGCUCAAUA